AUGGCUUUUGGAGUGCUUACAAGAAGGCUGCUGGAGUGGGAAGAGGACCUCGCAACAAAAGCGGAUGAAAAUGGCAGCACGCCUCUUCACUUCGCCGCAGGAAGAAGAAAGUGCUCUCGGUUGGUACUAGAAGCUAAUACAGCCGCAUUGUACCAACGGGACCGCCAAGGAUUAUGCCCCAUACACGUUGCUGCCUCUGAAGGGGCAGCAGAAAUCGUCGCCAUGUUUGUUAAAAGGUGUCACGGUAGCUCCCGUCUGCGCGACGCCAAGGGGAGGACAUUCCUUCAUGUUGCUGUUGAGAAAGAAAGAUGUUCAGUAGUCUCUUAUGCUUGCGGCCUAAAGGCAUCGCUAGCAUUGAUUCUGAACAUGCAGGACAAUGAUGGGAACACCGCCCUGCACCUGGCUGUCAAGGCUAUGCAUUUUGGAAUGGUGUGUGGACUGGUUGGGACACGGGAAGUGAACCUGAAUUUGACAAACGCGGAAGGAGAGACUCCUCUGGAUACAGCAGAGUAUAUGAUUCCCUUGGUGUGGUUUGGUUGCAAGGACAGGGCAAGGAACAUUCACUACCUGCUCAAAAUCACCGGCGCCACGAGUGGUGCUUCUCGCCGGGACCAUUUCAAGGAGAAGUGUGAAAACAUCCAUGGAGCAAAAGCAGACCGCGAAUCCAAACAAGCAAAAGUAUUGAAAGAGUCGAGCCAGUCUCUAGUAGUCGGCUCGGUUCUAGUAGCAACUGCGACAUUCGGCGCAGCAUUUGCCAUGCCAGGAGGUUACAGGCAAGAUGAUCACCCCAAUGGAGGCACACCAACUCUUGCAUCGAGCGAUUCGUUUGCUGGAUUUGUGGCGGCCAAUGCAACAGCUUUCAUGUUCUCCUCGGUCGCUACAGCUGGUUUCAUGUACUCUGGCAAUUCCAAGGGUGACCUGCUGCAACGCGAAGCAUACUUCUCCGCUUCCACAUUUUUCUUGCACGCUUCCGUCGUAAUCAUGGUGGUGGCCUUUUCGCUCGGAAUGGAGGCGGUGCUAGGUCCGGUUUCUCCAGGCAUUGUCGGUAACAUCCUCACCAUGGACAGGGUAAAAGACAUUCACUACCUGCUCCUGCUCAAAACUAUCGGCGCGCCAUGA